GUUUAACCAGUUCACAACCUCCGGAUAAAAUCUGGUGGCAAAUUGAUUUUGUAAGGAGAUGACGAACAGAGAUAUUAUAACGGAGGAUGCAACUUUCAAGGCAAAUCAUAUCGCUAGUUUUAUUGAGGGGGAUGUAAAACUUACCCCAAAAGGGGUUGUUCACCACAUUAACAAAAUACAUGAAAGCGACAGGAUAGAAGAAACACCCUGCAUUGUCAAGCUUGACAAAAAGGGGAUUCAAGUGGAAUUAAUAUCGACUGGGGAAGUCGUUGAAUUUUUUGAAUGGCCUUCUAUAAGUGACGAGAUUGCAAUGUUAAAACGUUCUGAAAGCUUCAACUAUGGUUAUCUCAUACUAUUUCGGUGUUCCCAGUAUAAUGCAGAACUCAGGCGUGACGAGUCUGAAUUACAUGUUUUUAGCUGCGAGACUCAAGAGGAUUCCAAAUUACUUGUUGACUCUAUUCAUCACCAUAUCUGUGCGAGUCUAAAGCAAAAUUUAAAUGGUGGUACGGCCAAAAAUUCUGAAAUCACUCUGCGCCGCGGAAGAUCUGAAGAAAAAAUAGUUCCUACAAACUUGAAAAGUGGACGAAAUUUUUAUAUGCUCAACAAGUGUAUAGAUGAUAUAGAAAGCUUUGAAAAACGUUUAGAGAAAGGCAUUAAACGGAUGUCUAAUAACGAACGUAAUAAUUCAGGUGAUGGCAAGAUGAAUGGUACAGGUCUUCCAAGUAAGCAUGAUGCACAAGAAACAAUCAGAAAAGUCAAAUAUGCCUUUAAUAUAAAUGAGCAAGUUCGACCGCUGACACCUGGUGAUACUGCUAAAAAAAUUUUCAUUCGACUAUUCAACACAGUUCAUUGGUUGGAUAAAGUUUGUAGUCAAAAUCUUGUUGCUGAUUAUGAUCAAAAUAUGGUGCGUGAUGUUGUUGAACCUUUACUAGAAGAAAGUACACUUUCUGCAAUUAUGACUAGAUUACAGCCUAAACAACAAGAUUUUUGGAGAGAGUUGGGACCAGCCUGGAAUACACCACCAAGCAGAUGGACAGAAAAUAUUUCUCGGUAUUCACCUCAAUUCACUCCUUCAGGCACAAAUAAACGCCAAACAUGGCCUUCAGAACCAGAACCAGUUACACCAGGUGUAGUUGACAUUGAAGUGAAAGUUAAUGAUCAAACGCAUACAUGUUCACCACGUCAAUCUCCUGUACCUGCUGUGCGAAACAAAACUCCUUCACCUGUUCGUUUCGCUGAGAAACCUACUGAGCUAAGGGCUAAAUCAUGGGAUACACGUAGCCAUCCACAGCGUCCAUCUAAUGGCGAACAAAAGUGGUGUGUUGUCAAUGUACAUCAUGUGAGUGCAAAACCCCAGGAGUUAUCUGUGCAACCAGGUGAUGUUCUCUCAGUCUUAAUAGGCAAUAGAGGUGAUUGGUGGACAGUACAAAAUGAUGCAGGAGAAUCUGGUCAGGUGCCAGCAUGGAAAUUGAAACCGUACAAUUAUCGACCUGAUAAUCCACCUGUAGCUGGUUUAAGAAAAACUUCUUCAAUGACCAACUUAAUGAGUAAAAAAUCUACAGAGAAUGUCAAUGGGAACAAUGAAAAUGGUCAUAUAGACAAUAAUAUUAAUAAUAGUAGUUCUCAACUGCAGGUGAAUAGUUCACUGUCUCCAAGAUCUCUAUCACGUGAUAAAUCACCACCAAGACAGCAGUUAGACACGACAUCUGUCAAUAUAAAUAUAUGCACAUCACCUACAGGACAAAAUUUAAACAAUGAUAAAAGAAAUAACAAUGACAGCACAGAUGCCAAUAAUAAUAAUUUUAUGUAUAUAGCUCCAUCUCAAUUACAAGAAGCAAUCAAAAUUAAUACUAAUGUACCAAUGUUACUUAUCCCAGUAACUAAUUUAUACAAUAAUGGUAAUCCUGAUAUGUCGCUAAUCAACUGGUCGGCUUUAAUGAAUCCAAAUACGAAUGGUGCUGAACUUGCACGAGUUCCUAAUCCUGGUGUCCUGGGACCUGGAUGGAAACCAGCGCCUAUACUAAGUACUUCAGCAACGGAAGCUUUGGGAUACUCUCCAUAUCCUUUCAAUUAUCCAACUCAUAUGCAUACUAUGACAAGAGAAUUAAGAGAAAGACUUUCUAAAAUGCAACUUGGCGGAGGAAGUGGUCUCAAGUCAGUUCCUAUACCAACAACUACACUUGAUAAACCAGAUCAAAGAUUAUCUAAAUUUGCAUCACAAGAAGAAGUUGCUGAAUGGUUAGUAGCUCAUCAAUUUUCACCAAAAACUAUAUCUGCCUUGAAAGGAUUCAAUGGAAUGGAUCUUUAUACAAUGAAUCGAACUCAACUGGAAGAGCAUGUUGGACCCGAACGAUGUGAUGAACUCUUUUAUGCAUUCCGUGGCACUUAAGAGAAUUUAACAGUCAAGAUUUAAAAAAUUAUGUGUAAACUGUUCAAAUCAGAAGUUGAUGAUCGCUCAAGGUGAUGAAAAUGAUCAAAAUCAAACCAUUUUUCGUAAUCUUUCUUUCUACUGUCAUGAGAAUAAUAAUAGUCAUAGUAAGCACUCACUAGUAGUAUAAACAUAAUAAUAUUAACUUCAACUGAAUUACUUCUAACAGCAUUUCAGGAAGACAAUUUACACCUCCUCCACUGAUGAUGAUUAGGAAAUAAACAAACAAACAAACAAGCAAACACUUCAACACUAUGUAUCAUUUGUCAAAUAUAGAAAUAGUAAAUUUUAAAAAAAAACAGCUAAAUAAUCCUGUGCAUUCUCAUUCAUACCUAUCUACCUACCUUAUUGUUUGGUUAUAUGUAUAAUUACUAUUUAUGCGCUAUCUAUGUGUAUGUGUGUGAAUGCACUUUGCUCUAUGCAGACAAUACUUCAUGUUACUCCAUUACCCACCCCCCCGCCACAUCUACCAACAAACACGGCACAAUUGUGAUACUACUGAAUUUUGUCCUGUUUUGUUUUGUCUUCUUUUUUCACUAUUCAGAUAUCAUAAUUUUUCUUUUUUGUGUUCUUUAGAAAACAAUGAUUUCUAUGUAACUUUUUUAUACAG